CUCCCUAUAUAAACCAUGGAGCAGCAACUCAUAUCCAGUGCAAAUCAAACACAACCUGAAGAACUAUAUAUAUAGUGCACUUCUUUCUUCUUUCUUGACCAUGGUACUUUCACCGCAUCUGUUUCUCUCUUUGCUUGUAAUACUAGCAACCAAUACCGUUGCAGCCGAGGACUUGACGGCCUACACUGUCACCAACAACGCUUGUGCAACGGCUGGUGGAGCCAGGUUCGCAGGUGACAUCGGGGUGGAUCAUAGCAAGCAUAUACUAGCGUUCGCAACAGCAUUCAUAUGGAGUAUCUUCCAACAGACUAACCCAGCAGAUAGAAAAAAUGUUCAUAGGGUGGACUUGUUCAUAGAUGACAUGGAUGGUGUUGCAUACGCUGAUAACAAUGAGAUUCAUGUCAGCAGCAAUUACAUAGGGAACUACACUGGUGAUCUGGAAAGAGAGUUCAGUGGGGUGCUUUACCAUGAAAUGGCACACAUAUGGCAAUGGGACGGUAACGGAACAACUCCAGGAGGAUUAAUUGAAGGGAUCGCUGAUUUUGUAAGGUUAAAGGCUAAUUACACACCUAGUCACUGGGUGCAACCAGGGCAGGGUGAUAGGUGGGAUCAAGGGUAUGAUGUUACUGCUAGGUUUUUGGACUAUUGUAAUGAUCUUAGAAAUGGGUUUGUGGCAGAGCUUAACAAUAAGAUGAGAACUGGUUAUAGUGCUCAGUACUUUGUUGAUCUGCUGGGGAAGACUGUUGAUGAGCUUUGGAGAAACUACAAGGCCAAGUACGGAAUAUGGAAGAGCUUAGUUAAUAAAGGGCUGAAAUUAUAGAAUGUUGCACGCUUGUAAUUGCUCGCAUCAAUAUAUAAUGGACAAUUGCAGCGGCAACUUCUAAGAACGAUCACUUCAAAAUUAGUUUCCUUUCAGCGACCUUGAUUUCCUGCAAUGACAUUUCUCCAUACAUGUACGCAUCCAUCGAUCCAAUUUAAAA